ACAGCUCCCAGCAGGCCGUACGCGGGCCGUGGGGCUGCUGGGAGAGCGGGGCGCCUGCCGGCUUUUCCGACGCGGUGGGCGCUGCCUCGUCCCGCUCCGCGCCAGGCCGCGGUCCCGGCGUGAGGAGGUGGUGAAGCGCCCGCCCGCCCUUCCGCGCCCGGGGGCCUCCUGGCCGGGGCGUCUUGGGGCCGCAGGUCUCCGGUUGCGCCCCUCAGCGCGCCAGCCUGAGGACGCCGGGCUGUCCGUGGACUGGACUCUGUGCUGGGUGCUGGCAGUGCAGUCUUCACUGUGAAGGUGUACAGUCUGAAGAGGGAAGGGAACACUUAUGCGAGCAGUGUACAGAGGUCAUGACUGUCCAUGGAAGGAUAAUCACAUGAGAACACUUAUUGGUACAGAUGUCAUUCUGCUCAUCAGAGAAAAUCUAUCUAAAAGAAAAUGUCCAUAUGACCACCUUCAUUUCUUUAUCAAAUAGCUUAAUGGAUUCCCUUUGCUCUGAUUCAUGCCAAAGCCAUCCUUCUCAACCAAAGCAAGAAAGGAUCCUGAAUGAAUCUGUCCCAGGAUGCCAUUUUUACAUCACCAAGAGGUGAAGAAAACCUCAUGAACAGCAAUCAGAGAGACUUGGAGAGCAUCACUGAUGUCUGCUCUGAUGGGGACCUCCCUGAAGUGGAGCUGGUGAGCCUGCUGGAGGAGCAGCUGCCGCAGUACAAGCUGAGGGUGGACUCGCUCCUCCUGUACGAGAACCAGCACUGGGUGCAGUCACAGCUCCAGCCGCAGCAUGUGUCUGAUGCCCUCUCCCCAGUCCUUGCUGAAGAGACUUUCCGCUACAUGAUUCUAGGCACAGACAGGGUGGAGCAGAUGACCAAAACAUACAAUGACAUUGACAUGGUUACACAUCUCCUGGCAGAGAGGGAUCGUGACCUGGAGCUAGCUGCUCGAAUUGGACAAGCUCUCUUAAAGCGGAAUCAUGUCUUAUCUGAUCAGAAUGAAGCCCUGGAGGAGCAGUUGGGGCAAGCCUUUGAUCAAGUUAAUCAGCUGCAGCAUGAGCUGUCCAAGAAAGACGAGUUGCUUCGAAUCGUCUCCAUUGCUUCUGAAGAGAGUGAAACUGAUUCCAGCUGUUCUACACCUCUUCGGUUCAAUGAGUCCUUUAGCUUAUCUCAGGGUUUGCUGCAGUUGGAUAUGUUGCAAGAAAAGCUCAAGGAACUGGAAGAAGAGAAUAUGGCCCUUCGGUCCAAAGCUUAUCAUAUCAAGACAGAAACUUUUACCUAUGAAGAGAAGGAGCAACAGCUGGUCAGUGACUGUGUUAAAGAACUCCGUGAAACAAAUGCUCAGAUGUCCAGAAUGACUGAAGAAUUGUCAGGGAAGAGUGAUGAACUAAUUCGAUACCAAGAAGAGAUCUCCUCUCUGUUGUCUCAGAUUGUAGAUCUUCAGCACAGACUUAAGGAACAUGUAAUUGAGAAGGAAGAGCUAAGACUUCACCUGCAAGCUUCCAAAGAUGCCCAGCGCCAGCUGACGAUGGAGCUGCGUGAGUUACAAGACAGGAACAUGGAGUGUCUGGGGAUGUUACACGAAUCCCAAGAAGAAAUAAAGGAACUUCGUAGUAGAUCUGGCCCUGCUGCUCAUCUCUACUUCUCCCCGUCCUGUGGACCUUUUACUGGGGAAUCUUUGGCAGCUGAGAUUGAGAGGACCAUGCGUAAAAAGUUGGUUUUGGAUGAGGAAUCUUCUUUCUUUAAACAAAAAGCCCAACAGAAACGGGUAUUUGAUACUGUCAAGGUUGCCAGUGACACACAGGGCCGCUCUGUGCCUCUUCCAGCUCUGCUACCCAUCCCAGGAUCCAACCGUUCAAGUGUCAUCAUGACGACAAAACCUUUCGAGUCUGGUGUACAACAGACAGAGGACAGAACACUGCUGGGCCAGGGGAGUGACUCCAAGGAGGUUCCAGACAGCUCUCAGCCCACGAGCCAGCCCGGACCCUCUGGAGAUAGUGAUUUGGAUAUAGCACUGCAUCGUCUCAGCCUGCGUCGGCAGAACCACUUCAGUGAGAAGCAGUUCUUUGCUGAAGAGUGGGAACGGAAGAUCCAGGUUCUGGCUGACCAGAAAGAAGGGGUUAGUGGCUGUGACACACCCCCGGAGAGCCUUGCCUCCCUGGGCACUGACCAGUCGGAGAUCAGCAGUGCCAGUUGCCUUCGAGGAUUUAUGCCAGAGAAAUUACAAAUUGUCAAGCCCCUUGAAGGAUCACAAACUCUACACCACUGGCAGCAGCUUGCUCAACCAAAUUUGGGGACCAUUCUUGACACACGACCAGGUGUUAUUACUAAAGGCUUUACCCAGUUGCCCGAGGAUACUACCAUCUAUCACAUCUCAGAUUUAGAGGAGGAUGAAGAGGAGGGAAUCACUUUUCGGGUUCAGCAGCCUCUUCAAGGGGAGCAGGAACCUGAGGUGUCCAAACCAGCAGUCGGGAUAUUCCUGCCACACAUCAUUUCAGCAGAUGGACCUGUUACAGUUGCAACCUCCAACCCAGGGAAGUGUCUGUCAUGCACGAACUCCACGUUCACCUUCACCACCUGCAGGAUAUUACAUCCCUCUGAUGUCACUCAGGUCACCCCGAGCUCUGGGCUCCCUUCACUGCCCUGUGGAAGCAGCGGGAGCCGGUCCUCGAGCACCGCUGUGAACUCCCCAGCCUUGUCCUACCGGCUCAGCAUCGGUGAGUCCAUCACCAGCUGGCGAGACUCUACCACAACCUUCAGCAGCACCGUGAGCUUGGCCAAACUCCUACAGGAGCGGGGCAUCUCUGCUAAAGCGUACUGCAGCCCAGUUUCCCAGAAGCCCCUUCUCCAGCUGCUCCCCAGAACCCUGACCACACCUUCCACACCGCCAAAUUCCCCAUCUCUCUCACCGUGCGCCUCUCCUGUGGCCUUUGAGCCCCGAGUGCAUCUCUCUGAAAGCUUUUUGGCUUCUCGACCAGCUGAGAUGUUCCUCCAGGAGAUGUAUGGCUUGAGACCUUCCCGGAACCCUCCUGAUGCGGGGCAGCUGAAGAUGAACCUGGUGGACAGGCUGAAGAAGCUAGGCAUAGCCAGAGUGGUCAAGGCCCCCGACACGCAGAAGGAUGGGAAAAGCCAAGAGGCAGACAUCGGUCUUCAGAAAGCGGACUCUGCUGUGUAUGUAAAUUCAGGGAGCAGCUUAUUGGGUGGGCUGAGGAGAAAUCAGAGUCUUCCAGUCACGAUGGGGAGCCUUGGUGCCCUGGUUAGCACAUCUGCCCCGAGAGUGGGCGUCCGCAGGAGGACUGAGGUUUAGUGUUAACCAACGUGUUGUACAGGGUGGCCCAGGAAGGGCAAGUGUUCACUGACUUGCGCAGUGUGGUCUGACUGGAGAGAAUGUUGCAGGAGGUUGUGAAUGUGAGGAGGGACAUGGAGGGUUGGGAAUGAAGCUGGGAUGAGGUCCUCAAGGAUGAAGUCUGGUAAAUUGAAAGUGUAAAUGAAUGGUCUGGGAGUGUCCAGAGACAGGAAAACAAAAGGUUUACUAUCCUCCUUCAGUUGAGCUUUCUUGUCUUGAAAAUAAAAACUGAAUAGAAAAUAAAUUCUAAAAUACUGAAACUUCCAGAAAUAGCUUCCCUUCUGGUGAGCUGAGCAGCAGGCUUGCCCAGGACAGGAAGAGGGCAGAGCAGCUGGGCUGCUGCUGGCAGAAGCUGCUCUCCAGGCAGGUGCGGCAGGCUGGGUCUGUCACAGUGGCAGGCGGCACUGACACCCGUGCCCCCUGCUGAUGUCCGAUUAAACUACGAGUCAGCUCGUGCGUGUGCACAGCGCUAGCAAGACAAGGGAUUUUAUGUAUUUCAGCAGAUCCAAGUACAGCUUCUCCUUUCUGUUUUCAGAUCUUUGAGCCACUGGGGGCCCAAAUACCAUCUAAAUUCCUUUGUAUUUAUGAUUACCAGAAGUUCAUUUUUAAAAUUUGUAUUUUUAUACAGCAUCAAAAAAAAAAACCAUGAAUAAGGGUUAGGAGAGAUUUACUUUUAAAAGAAAAUUAUGAGUCAUUUAGAACCAAGGAAGCUUGUUUUUAUAAUAUUUCUUCUGGGUAAUACAGCGGCCAAGGAAUGCGAACAUAAUUGUCUUUCAGAUUUCCUUAGAGGCUGCAAUCAAUGGUAAUUAGAUUACCAUAGAUUAUGCAUAUUUAUCUAUUUAAUUUGUUUUUUAAGGAAAGUUGGUUGCAACUUUUUCCAAAGUGCACUAUGCAUAUUUUUAAUGAAGAUGACAUGUAUUUGCACAAUAAUUCUCAGGCACAUUAAAUUAUUAGCAACUAAAGUAAAACCCAGGUGCUUGCUUUGAGAGUGUGUUGUUUUUAUUUUUUCCUGAUGUGUAUUAAAACACAUCUGCCUCGUUCUUGGUAUCUGUGGAAUUAAAGAAUGAACUUUUUUUUAUCACUUCUCGGCCUUUUGGCUAAGAUCAAGUGAAGAAUGAACUUUUUUUUUUUUUUGGUACCGGGGAUGGAAGAAUGAACUUUUUAAUGGGGGAGUUAAUGCUUCUUUUUCUCUGAGGCUCUUUUUUACUAACUGAAGAGGCAAGGCUGUCAGGUCAGGGGCCAGCAGUCAGCAGGGUGGCGCAAAGCUGUCCUGGGAGGAAGCAGCCUGGGUCUGGGUUGCCGGUCAGGGUCUGCUCCUGGCAGGUGAUGUGGCCCUGCGGAGGCCUAGGGAGGAAAGCCUGUGCCAGGGAGAUGAGCGAGGUGACUUGUUCUUUUGUUGAUAAAAAUAGAUGUAUCACUUGGUCUUUUUGGUGCUUAAUUUGCAAAUGUUUUACCCCUUUAACCUGACUUAGCUGAAAGGCAGUUUUCUGAAGAAUUCUUCAUGCCCACUCUGUUCCUUGCUCACCUGAUCCUGGGGUUGAGUGGGGUCCCCUCUCUCCUGUGCUGCUCUCCCUACGUGAAGAGCUUGUGCUCUGAAGUGUAGAAAAGCCAACACGUAGGCAGUGGUACGAAUGUGUGAGUUUUCCUACCCUUUAGAAUCUUUUAAUAACUCUUCUAAAUAGGUUUCUUAAAAAUAGGUGAUGGGGAGGUAUGUCCUUCCUUCCUCCUUCAGCCAGUCUUGAAUCUGCACACACAUUUAGAAGCUAUCCCAGGUCAGUGUCUGUCCCUGAGUGGGUCAGACACUAAAACCGGAGAGUUCCUGGUGUUUAAAACUUCUAAAUCUCCCAAUUGACUUCUUAAAAAAUAGCAUUUGAAUUUCUGCUAUAUGCAGUAACUCUGGGUGCUCCCUUUAGUCAGCUCUUAGAGCUACUCAUUUUUCCUCUAAGAAAGACGUGUUCCUAUUGCCUGAACAUUCACACCUUCCAAGAACAUCAGAAGCAGGAAAAGGUGGGGCCAGGGAGAGGUGCAGUGUUAAGUUACCAUUGUGCAAAUUACAUUGCGCAAAUCACUAGAACUAAGCUGGACUUUGUAGUGUUCCACGCUAAGUGAGAUUGGCAUACUCUUAUGAUCAGUGGAGGCAGAGUGGGUGUUUUAGCAGCCAGUAAGCACACCUGACUGAACAAGACAGACUUAGGCUUUGAAGUUAGAUGGAUACGGAUGUUCUGUCAGAACCGGGAAUGCUAGACGGGUGCAUGCUGUUCUGUAGAAAUGAAUCCUGUCUUGAAACUGGGUUUUGCUCCUUCUGCAGUCUAUCCAAAAUCAUUUUGGUACAGCCUGAAAAUCUGUUAUAUCAGAAUUGUCUGCAAAGUGAGGUAAGAACUGGAACCCUGCAGCAGGCUCCUUGGCCUACCUGUGUCAGGUUUUAGUUCUUCCGUAGAAUCAGUUGGUAUGCACUUUCUUGCCAGUAUGGGAAAUCCCUAUCUUUUUUUUUUUUUUAAUUCCUUCUUUGGCAAUUUUAAAUGAUUAUACCUCAGGUAUUUCUGAAUAUCCUAUUAUCUAAUAAGAGAGGUAACCUUUGUGAGCUCAAAAUUUAAAGGUCUCCUGAAUUAUGAAGACCCCAAAUCUAUAUAAAUAGCCUUAGCCAUAGAUCUUUGGGGAGAAGUUAAUGAUUAUUGUUAAAGUCAUUUAUUUUUUUAAGUUUUAGGGAUUGCCCUUGAUUUGUCAUAAACGGUCAGGCUUUGGCAAGGGAGGAAAUAAGUUAGAGGCAGCUUACAACGAGAGCAUAAAUGUCUAUAAAAUAUAAUGUCUAUAAAAGACAUAGUCUGUACAGUAUUCAAAUCUUGUUAUUUUUUCUGAUUAUUCUAGAACAUGAUUAGUACUGGGUGGGCCUCACAUCCUCUUCUGACUUCUGGAACCAGGGCCCUCAGUGUUCUCUGCCUGUGGCUGUGUGGGGUGGUGCUCCACGCUCCAUGCCCUAGGCUCAGCCAUGCAGCCCCGGGAUCUGGGAGAUGCCAGUGUGUAAAGGAUGGGAACUGAAUGUCAAACAGCUUUUGGGCCCCUCCCUUUGCUGUGUCAGCUGUAAAUCAAGUAAUAAACAUGAAUAACUUCUUCAAGUUU